CGCGAUCGGCAUUGUACUUUCAUGACAGCUGCACAAGUGAAUUGCGCUUUGCCGGGAAACGUCCAUAAAUACGCCACGCUUUGGAGAAUCAUUUCAUAAAAGUCUCACUGUUCGAUAUCGAAUUUUGUAUCUACUCGAGGACUCGAGCAAGGAAAUUAAAAAACAUGAGCACAUACCGUGGAAAUAAGCGUCAGCAUUUCGGUAAAGGCGGCGGUCGCCGUGGAAGAGAACAUGGCGAUGCUGGUGCCGUAGAUGAAAACAAUCCUGUGAUUCAGUGUUUCCGUGAGUAUGCGGCGAUCCUAGACGCAAAACACGAUAAAUAUGAGCGCAUAGUCAAAAUCAGCCGAGACAUAACGAUCGAAUCGAAGCGGAUCAUCUUUCUGCUGCACACCAUCGAUGCUAGGAAGAACAAUUUGCGAAAAGUUUGUGAAGAAGCGAAGGAACGUCUGGAAGCUAUUUUUCGCAACCAUUUUGUUAACAUAGCAAAGGAACUAAAGGACCAAGACCCAUACCAGUACGCUCGGGCUUAUACGAAUGGCAUGCAGGAAUUUAUUGAAGCCUACACAUUCUACGAAUACUGUUCCGGGAAGGAUAUAUCAAACUGGGAUGCUAUUCAACAGAAGCUUACAUACAAAAAGAGCCAAUACGACGGGCAAAGCGAUGUAGAAAGCACUACGGAGAAGGACAAUUUGAAUCCAAGUUCCGAUUCCCCGCUUGGCGUUGUAUCGACUUCAACGUUAACAACAACGGCAAAGAAAGGAAGUGAGACAUCGGAGGUGGCUUGUAUGCUGCAUCCGCAAGACUUUGUACUGGGUCUAGGCGAUCUUAGCGGCGAGAUUAUGCGAACGUGCGUCAACUCACUCGGAUCGGGAAAUUCGGACAGCUGCUUCCAACAUUGCCGAUUCAUGCAGGAGCUGUACAAAGGUUUCUUAAGUGUUACUGCGGUACGGAGCCGUGACUUUUCGCACAAGAUGGUCACUUUACGGCAGAGUUUGUUAAAAAGUGAGAAUGUGUGCUACAAUGUGACGGUGCGAGGUGGCGAAGCGGCCAAAUGGGGCACAACUGAUGACGUCUCCAGUGCGCUAUUCCAGGUGCAGCUUUCGAAGGACGACGACGAUGAGGGCAUAUUUUUCUAAACUACCAUCAGUUUAUACUUACUAAGUUUACAGUUAUGGAUAUAGGAGUGGUAUGGAAGGGGAGGAGGUCACGGUCACACCAAGGAGUUGGUUCGGCCAUGUGACAUUAGGAAUGUUCCGGCGUCGGGUUGCUGGUCUCACGGUCGGAGCAGCGUUGGUCGGCCGGAAUGCUGAGGCGUCGAAAUGUUGGUCGUCCCAUGGUCGAGGCGGUGUUGGAUUACAUCGUCGUCGAGUACCGCGGAUGAUGUUGUAUGUUGCCGAUGUUGAAUACGGUAACUCGCCCCCUCCUAAAUUUGAGGCUCCGUACGAAACAGUUCUUGCAUCGUGAUCGGCUUGAACUCCGAUGCUAACAUCAUCCUACUUGUCGACGACGUCUCCGUUCCGUUAUUUUGUGGAGUCUGAGUAUCUGGCAUCGCGUUGAUUUGUAUCUUGACGUUACUUUUCUUUUUCGACAGGUACACAUACACCGAAAUUAUUAUCAUUACCAAUAACGGGGUGCUAAUGAUACUGCUUACAGACCAUUUCCAGGACCAGGAUAAACUGUUGUUAUCUAACUUUAUCUGGUUCAUAUGCUUUCGCAAAUCGUUGUGUAGAUCGUGUAGAUAAUCGAUGCUCAGGUUUAUCACUUUAUUGCGAAAUGUAACCUCUAUUCCAAAUAUCGGCAAAUGGAUCGGUGAACCGGGGAUGUCUAUUACUUGCGUCGAAACCAUUGUCUUGUUAAUCAAAAUAUCGCAAGAGUCGUACGAUAUUGAUAUUGAUCCGGUAAUAUUUCGCCCAUGAAUACCACAUGUCGAAUCUAGGAUGUACCAUUGGUCUGUGCUGAUCACGAUGUUGCCCGUGUUAACAUUGAUGACCUCUGAUUUCGAAGGAUUUGCCACAUAAUCGCAGAUUGCUGACUACCCUUUAAUCAGAUGCGGGAUGCACGUUGAGUUGUCUUCCUCAAUAUUUUCUGCGAGGUAGAUGUCGUCUUCUAAUGUUGACACCGUGAACAUUUGGGAUUUGAUUGAUAGGUAAAGGGAAUUGGGAACAUGAACUUUCUUAUUUCUAUUCGUAAUCGCAUACACCUGUAUUUUUCGAUAAACUCUUAAUUCCAGUUUAGGGACGCGUAUCAUUAAUAAAAGUUCGUUCUUGUUAACAGCUACCUUAGUUGUUGUUUUUGACAAAGCUUCUAUAGCUGUAUGUAACGGAUACCUGCUAUUUUUAAAAUUCGCGAUUAUCAAAUCUGUUUCCUUUUUACUUAGUAGGCGUGGAUUAGUAAUAGAUAAUUUUGCCAACGUAAUGCUUUCCACAAUAAUGCUUAGCUUUUGUUUGUAACCACUCUUUGUGGCCCUUGAAUUCAUCGAUGGGUCUACUUCCAUUGGAAUAGGAGCAUUUGGUCUCGGAUUAUAUUUGUACCCGUUACUAUUAUUAUUCCUGUGUUGAUAUUGAAAACUGUUGUUCAUUUGUGGCUGAACAGGAGGAGGUACGUACAAACCUCUCGGCACAUGAACUGUAUUAGGAGCUCUUUCGUUCCUAAAAGGUGCUGACCUUAUAUUAGCAUUGCCAUACUCCAGACAAUAAUUGUAGGCUGCAUUCAAAUUUGGUGGGUUGUAAUUUUUUAAUAAAAAGCAUAGAGGUUUCUCAAGCCCUCUAAUAAAACUAUCUAGAGUUUUUUCUCUAAAGUAGUUUAUGUGUACAUGAGCAUUCCUAUUAUACUUGCUAUCUGCAUGUACCUGCGUAAUAAUUGCAGUUUGCAAUUCGUUUACCCUGCUGAAAUAACUGCUAAGAGACUCAUUUUGUCUCUUAUAAAUCAGCGUCAACUCAUGGUCUAAUGUCUUUAGAUCUCUUUUGUCUUUGUAGUACAGCAAUAGAGUUUGCUUUAUGGUUUCCCAAGAACCAUCUAUGUAAUUUGAGUUAAGCACAUCAGCAGCUUCUCCUUGAAUUUUACGUCUAACAGUACCUUGAAGAAUGUGGUACUGUAUUGUGUUCUUAGGCACACGUUCGUACAUUUGAAACAUUUCCUCAACUUCUAUUAUCCAACGCGUUAGGUCACUGGCUUUUCCAUUAAACACCGGUAAAUCCCUAACAUAAUCCGGAACACGGCCUAUGUCCAAAAAUUCAUUUGGUGCUAGAUGCUGUCCCGACAUCUGAGCAGCAUGGGCUGGUUCAUUGUUGGUUGUAUUUGGAAACAUUCUGUUUCUAUCAAAUACUGCAGUUCUUUUGAAUUUACGAAAAAUUUUGAAUAAUCAAAUUUAAACAUCAAAAAAAUUACACACAAAGGUCAAUACUGAGAAAAAAAAAUCACAAUCAAUACACACAGUGCUAAAUUUUCCACAAACCGCAAUG